AUGCCAAACCUUCCCUCCCAAAUUGCUGCUGGCAGUGGUGGAUUUUGUUUUAGUAAAAAUAUUUCUAAAGUUGAUAAAGCUAAAAUAUCCAAAAUAUUCUCUGUGUUUGGUCAUUAUGUUGAAAUCAAUGAAAAACUUUUUGAUGCACUGACUUCUUUAUCGGGGAGUGGUCCUGCAUUUGUUUUUUUAUUUAUUGAAGCUCUUGUAUCUGCUGGACGUCGACUUGGACUCUCGAAACAACAAGCAAUGGUUUUAGCAGGGUCGACCGUAAGCGGAGCUGCCCAAAUGGUGUUGGCUACAAACGAAGAUCCUAUCAAAUUGGUGAAACAAGUAACUUCACCUGGAGGCAUGACAAUUGAAGGAGUUAAUUGGCUUGAAAAAAGAAAGUUCGUUGAUACAGUAGGAAUGGCGAUUGAGUUAGCUUAUAAGAAAUCAAAAAAAUUAAUGGGGGAAUAA